AGGAAGCGGUCGGGAACCGUCUCCAUGGAAACCUCUGGGCGUAGGGCGCGGCCAAAUACUAGAGGCUGGCGGCGAGGGAAGAUCAGAAACGCCUCCAAUCCCCGGCGACCCGAUUCUGACCCUGGCCCCCAUCUAGGUUGGAGGUGCAAUCCUGAACCAAACUCCUGCUCACUCUCGAGUCUCCGCUCACGUCCCCAUCCCGAACCAGAGCCCAAUCCUGAUCCCGCCCCCUACAAGGCCCCUAGCCCCGAUCCUGUACCCGGUCCCGAUCUUGACUUUGUCACUGAUCCUGACCCUAACUCCAACUCCAGCCCCGACUCCGGCCCCGACUCCGGCCCUGGCCCAGGCCCCGGCCCUAGCCCCGGUCCUGGCCUCGGACCCGGCCCGGGCCCUGACCAGGCUCCCGGCAUGUUGCGGGACGAGACCCUGGACGGGGCCACGGUGCCCUCCCUCUGGAGAGGAUCCCUGGAGAUCCGGAGUGAACCGAAAAGUUGCCAGACUGCCAGCAUUUCCACUUCAGAAGCAGCCUGCCAAGCCCGUGAACAGGUUGAUGCAGAGGUACAAACUGAUCCACCUUUUCCUGUGGCCCUACGAUAUGCAUCCCAGCAAGAUAUCCCUGGGUUGGCCUCCUUCCUCCGUCGGGUAGAAAACCUUAUCAUCCGAGAGCUGGAUAAGAACUGGCAGAGCCAUGCAUUUGAUGGCUUCGAGGUGAACUGGACAGAGCAGCAGCAAACGGUGACCUGCCAGCACACUCUGUGCUACCCCCUGGCCCAGGCUCAGAAGCUGCAGGUGACCGGCGUCUCCUGGAAUGCCACUGGCUCCGUGGUGGCCUGUUCCUAUGGUCGUUUAGAUGAUGGUGAUUGGAGCACUGAGAAGUCUUUUGUGUGCACCUGGAAUCUGGAUCGUCGUGGGCUGAAUCCCAAGCAACCUUCUGCUGUGGUGGAGGUGCCCAGCUCAGUCAUGUGCCUGGCGUUCCAUCCCACUCAGCCCUCUCACAUUGCAGGUGGCCUCUAUAGCGGGGAGGUGCUAGUCUGGGACAUGAGCCGGCCUGAGGACUCCUUGCUCUGGAGAACUGGCAUGACGGACGACACUCACACAGAUCCUGUCUAUCAGGUGGCGUGGCUGCCAGAGCCGCGGCACAGCCACCGCUUCCAGCUGCUGAGUGUCUCCACGGACGGGAAGGUGUUGCUGUGGCAGGCGGCUGGGUCGGGACAGCUGCAGCUGACGGAGGGUUUUGCGCUGGUGGUGCAGCAGAUCCCCCGAAACACAAAGCUGAAGAAGCCUACCCGGGGUGAGACAGAGGUAGGGGUCACAGCCCUAGCCUUCUCCAGCUUUGACCCCAGCUUGUUUAUCCUGGGCACCGAAGGCGGCUUCCCACUCAAAUGCUCGACGGCAGUAGAAGUGGCGGCCCUUACCCGAAUGCCCAGUUCCUUACCCCUCCGAGCACCUGCCCAAUUCACCUUUUCCCCUCACGGUGGCCCCAUCUACUCUGUGAGCUGCUCACCCUUCCACAGAAAUUUGUUUCUGAGCGCUGGCACGGAUGGCCACAUCCACCUCUAUUCUAUGCUGCAGGCCCAGCCCCUGACGUCGCUCCAGCUGUCCCACAAGUACUUGUUUAGUGUGCGCUGGUCUCCUGUCCGACCCUUGGUCUUUGCUGCCGCCUCUGGGGAAGGAGACAUACAGCUGUUUGAUCUCAGAAAGAGCUCCCAAAAACCCACAGUUUCUAUCAAGCAAACUCCAGAUGAAAGCCCAGUAUACUGUCUGGAAUUCAAUCUUCAACAGACUCAACUCCUGGCUGCUGGGGAUGCCAAAGGUGUCGUAAAGAUAUGGCAGCUAAGCACAGAGUUCACAGAACAAGCACCUCGGGAAACAGAAGAUCUGGACCAAUUGGCAACUGAGGUGGCCAGCUGAGGACACCCAGCCCACUUUCCUUGACCAGGAAGGUGGUGACAAGCAAAAAACGAGCAGUAUAAGGCAUUUAAAUUGCACAAGGAAUGUUGUUCAAGGCUUGUGGGGAGAAUUCUGUUCCUAGGGGCAGAAAUUCGAGUAGGUCUUUGGGUGUUGUUACCCAGAUAGAUAUACCUUAAAGUGGAACUUUUUAACAAUUAAAAAGAAAAACAAAAAAAACCCUCUUUUUUUGGGGAAGAGUCAUUUAUUUACCUUUUGCAUACAGAAAAUCAGGAAGAAACAGGAAUGAAGUGAAGCCAGCUUUAUAGAAUUUUUCCCCUUCAGGUCCCAUUUGGGGGUGGGGUGGGGUGGGGUGGGGUGGGGGAAGACGUGUUUUUAGGACAUAUAGGAGACAGGGUGAAAUCCCCUAAUUUUAAUUUUAAACAUAAAUCUUCUGACAGUGAUCCAGCAAUUUCAUCUGGACUCAAAACAUUUUGUUGAAGCACCGUUUCUCUAAUCCCCCAAGCUAAGCAUUUUAAGGUUACAUUUGGAAGUAACACUGUCUGAAUUUUUUUUUUU